AUGCGGGUCAUGCGGACGCUCUUCCCGAAUGCGGACCUCACGGACGCUGGCUUGGCCAGUCUGCAGAGCGCUCUGCCGCCCGCACUCUCGGCAGAGUUGACAGCGAACCAGGAGCCCGCUACCGCAGUAGUGGGCCGCCUUAAGGCAUGGCUGCUCAGCACCAUCGAACUACACCACAUUACACCAGAAAUAAGAGCGACUAGCGGGCUUCCAGCGCCGGUUGCCAGCGCGCUUGUGCGGCACACCCUGCCACGAGUUGUUGAUUUCCUCUUCCACCUCUUCAAUAAGGGCGCCACAUUGGCGGACUCCACGGAGGUUCCCCAGAAUCUUUUGGUCACCAUCACGGCAACGACGUGCACUAGCUUUGGGGCUUACCUGUUAAAGGUUGUGGCCUCUUCUCCGAGGGGCAAUGUCCGCAACUGGUUUUCCCACCUCGAACGGCAGUUCCCUUUUGAAGGCUCUGCGAUCGUCCUGGAAGUGGGCGGCCCACCCCCCGUGAAGCUUGUGGGAAUCUUCAAGGAACUACAUAUCAACCGCAAACGAGGUGAGCGUCCAUACGACAGACACCUCAGGAAACUCAACCCCAGCUCUGUUGAGAUUCUCGUUCACGAGUGGCCGGCCGUCUUGGGGCCAUCGCCAACUGCCCAGUGCACACCGACUGUCACCCUCCCUUACCACAGACUUGUUUGCCUGAAGUCCGGCGGGGGCCUCGACCUCUUUCGACGCGUCCUUGCAUUGCCGAUGGGUCGUGUGCCAUUGUCCUUAGGGGUGCCGGGCCCUACCGCCUCCAGGCCGACUACACAUUCUGACGCGGAUUUCGCGAGUGAGCUGGACAUGGUCCUGCUUUUUCUCCAGGCCUGCCGAGUCAUGGCGGUCGAGGGACUGUUCAACCCGGAGCAGGCAGCUUCUGUUGCGUGGGCCGCACAUCGCGUGUGCUCCUCGACACUAAACACAGGUUACAGGCGGGACACUCACAGCGGCGGGUAG